AUGAUGUUCAAAAUCGAUAGUAUCCCGAUUUACUUCCCAUACCCGACAAUAUCACCAGAACAGCUUUCGUACAUCAAAGAAACGAUAGCCUCAUUCACAACAACAAGCAACCUAUUCAUAGAAAUGCCUGCAGGCUCAGGAAAAACAAUAUGUAUCCUAAGUGCAGCGGUUUCGUACCAGCUUUACCACAUGCAGGAUGACAUUAGGUUUGUGUACUGCACCAGGACGGUACAGGAAAGCGAAAAGACGCUUUUUGAGCUCCAAAUGCUCAUUUCGUAUGUCAAGCAGCACGUGAAAGUGAGGUACCUAGGACUGGGACUUACGUCCAGAAAGCAUCUCUGCGUGAAUGAGGAGGUUCAUGGGAAUAUUGAGAUGGGGUGUAGGAAGCUGCUCAGUGUGGGUAACUGUGGUUACUACGACAGGAUCGAUCACAUACUUGAAAACGUGGACCGGGGUGAUGAUUAUGCCGUGCAUACGUCUGUGGAAGUAAACGGUGAGGAGAGUAUCGGUGAGCUGAGCGAUAUAAUGGAGCUGAGCGUUUAUGAUGAUAAAAUUGGGGAUAAUAGCACAAAAGCAGCGGGUAGUGACCCAAAAACUGAACAUGUUAACACCGGGUCUGAGAACAGCAGCACAAAUAAUGCAUCAGUUCCGUUCUCAUUUGACGGCAUUUACACUUUCGAGCAAAUCAAACAGAAGGGCCAGCACUUCAAGUUCUGUCCAUACUUUCUUACAAGAAAGGCGCUCUCCUCAUCAAAUUUUCUCAUUCUCACGUACAAUUACGUUCUUGAUCCGAAGAUCAAAGAAAAAAUAAAUUUGCCAAUGAACGCUAUUCUCAUAUUUGAUGAGGCACAUAACAUCGAUAAUGCGUGUUUGGAGGCGUUCAGCUAUGAGAUUAGCCGGUCCGUGGUGAAUGGAUGCUCCAAGGGACUGGAGGUGAUGGAAGACAUGAUAAAGACGGGCAGUGGGAACACGGUGAAUGCGUGCGCAUCACACAAAGAGCACGCGGAUAGGACGCACGAUAUUGAGUCGCUGAGCACCUUCAGCCAAAAAAAGUGGCCGGGUAAUCUGAGAAAGGACGUGCACGUGCUGAGCAUUCUCAAAAGAAUCUUGGAGUUCCUCCGCAUAAAGCUGAAGAGCACGCAUCUCACAAUCAACACCCCACAGAACUUCCUGUGCAGCCUGGAGAACCUUACGUUCAUCUCGAGACGAACACUUUCGUGCUUGAAGAAGCGUUUCCAAAUGAUAAAACUGCCUUUCGACGAAAACGUGGACAAGUUGAACGUGCUUGUAGACAUGAUGGACACGCUCUCACGGUACGCAGGCAGCAACGCAUUUUCGGUGGUGUUUGAGCCCUUUCUAAGCAACAACAGCCUGUCGCCCAAGCUUACGCUCAGCUGCAACGAUUCGCGCAUCGCGAUGAGCGCCCUGAAGUUCAAGAGCAUUAUGAUCACGAGCGGAACGCUUACACCAUUCGAUGUGUACAUGCGACUGCUAGGCAUCACCGGAAAGAGCGUGAGUAUCCGUGGCAGCACGAAGGAGGUGCUCAUCGUUUCCAAGGGAAAUGACCAGAUCAAUGUGAGCAGCGAUGUGUCGCUGGAGAGCAGCAAGACAGUGCAGAUAAAGCAAAGCAACGAUACCGUGCCAAAUACGGAUGCACACGGCAGCACGCGCAAUGCUGGUCUGGCCAAUGAUUUUGAGCACGCAUUGCUGAGCUCAUCGUACAAGCUACGCGCAAGCAGCAGCACAAUCCGAAACUACGCCACGCUCAUCAAGGACCUGUGCGAUGUUGUGCCGGAUGGUAUGAUCAUCUUCUUUCCGUCGUACGUGUUUAUGCACGAAAUAAUUUCUAAAUGCGAAUUUAUGAUUAAGAAGUUGCAUAAACUAAUUUUUAUAGAGACCAUAAACUAUGGAGAGAGCAUAAACGCGCUUGCGAACUACAAGCGAGCAAUAAAGCAGGGACGGGGCGCGAUCAUGUUCUGCGUGGCACGAGGCAAGGUGAGCGAAGGAAUCGACUUUAAGAACGAGGAGGGACGGUGCGUGCUGCUCAUCGGCGUACCCUUCGCAUUCACGGAGAGCGUAAUCAUCAAGGAGCGACUCAAAUUUUUGAAACAAAACAUUAAUUUAAAUGCGUUUCUGCAGUUUGAUGCGCUUAGGCAUGCCCUGCAGUGCCUUGGAAGAGUGGUCAGAGGAAAGAACGACUACGGGUUGAUGGUGAUGGCAGAUUACAGGUACAACUCGUACAAGUACGGCGAUGAGUACGAUGUUGUUGAUGGACUGAGCGUGGAUAUGUGUGUUAAUAUUGGAAAAGCGUAUUUCAGAAAAAUGGCGAAUAAGGAGCAGGAGAAGAUGAUGGAUGAGAGCGCUGUGCUUAAGCUGCUGGAAGGGAAGGAACGGUCAUGAGAACGUGGAGUGUUGUUGUUUGAGAACGAAACAUUUAAUUUGGUGCGGCAUGAACGGGCCGUGUUAACGAGAACGAAACAUUUAAUUUGGUGCGCCAUGAACGGGCCGUGUUAACGAGA